GGGGGUAUUAUCAAAAGGUGCGCUACUUUUCUAACGUGGUUUACCAGGUAUGUCUGUGGACGUACCAUUCUAACUAGGUGGCGACGCUGCACUUAAACCACUAAAUCCAAAACGUGUUUGUAAAUCUAUUGAUUUUCGUCUGAUAUUUUUGUUCUAGCUACAAGCAUCUUUUUUCCUAACACGUUUUCAAGGCUACAGGUAACUUUAUUGAGGCUUGCAGUGACAGUGAAUGCUGCGUUCCUCCUUGUGCUACGUACGUUUAGUGACAACACCUAAACGGUUCCUAAAACAUAAACGCCCUGGAGAUAAGAUGAUUCCACCACCACACUCCAUAUCAUUAACCGUUGUUGGCAAUGGACGUGCUGGUUCCUCGAAAUCGAUGCUCAUUGACACAGGGGUAUGUCGUUAUUUGGUCAACUGUGGUGAGUCAACGCAAAGAGUCUUGGCGGAAUAUCGGUAAUGAUGCUCUUAGUUUACUUAAUAUUAGAAUGAAAACUUCGCGCAUACAACAUGUCUUUCUUACGCGUAUGUCUUGGGAUUGCACUUCUGGAUUACUAGGUUAGUCCAAAUGCUAGUUGUACAUAUUUUGAGGUGUGGCAUUGACUGCAAAGGCCGCGGGAGUUAAGAAGUUAACUAUACAUGGACCCACAGAACUAGAACAUCUGAUGCAAUUGACUCGUCCGUUUACUGAUUGUAAAACAACCGAUAUCGUCAUGAGUGAGAUUCAUGAGAAGUAUUACACUGAUGAUGCAUUUCGCGUACAAUCUUUCCAAAUAUUCAAGCCAACAAACGUAAAUGAAGAACCAGUCUACAAACGACGAAAAGAAAAUCUGGGUAAUGUAUCAGAAUCUAGUGUUUUUAUAUACUACUUCCAGCCAUUUCGUACACGUCGUAAGUUGGUCAUGUCAAAGUUCAAUGAAGCAUGUAUACCAGCAUCUGUUCUAAAAUCCGGGGAAAUACAAGCUGUUAUAAAUGGAGAAAAUUUAAUUUUAAGUGAUGGACGUAUAAUAUCUCCGGAUGAAGUAACUGUGCCAUCACCACCAUCAAAAAAUAUGCUUUUCGUCGACUGUCCGAAUUCUGAUUACAUUCCUGCAUUUAUAUCCAAUGAACACUUUUUCAAUUCUAUUCAAGCCGAGGAGCCUAGUGGAAAUCUAACCUCUGGUGUAUCCUUAGUUGUUCAUUUUACACCACCAGGCAUGUUCUAUUCAAACCAGUAUCAGAAAUUUGUACAGAAGUUGGAAGAGUGUGCAUUGCAAAAAUCUGAUAAAAAGGAUCCAACUACAACACUGAAACAUUUGGUUCUUGAUGGCACUGGUUUUGUAACUGAUCGUGUUGGUAUGUAUUCUCAAACAUUCAUCCUAAAUCGGUUUUUCGACUCAAAGGUCUACCCACUGCUUUUCGAUAUGGCAGAUUCUGAUACUGUUUCUAAACGGAACGAAACAAUAUCAAAGAAUAUUGAUCCUUUCUCUUCCGUUGUAACUGCUGAACCUUAUUUGCAGUUUUCCUUGAGACCAUGGACAGGGUUUAACAAACCUACUUAUCCACAUUUAAAUGGUGAUGAAUUUGUGUCACAAAUUUUUGAUCCGGUUUAUAUGAGUUUACAAGAAGCAGAAGAACAAUUUGUUAAAAUGAGAGAAUCCAUUGAAUCCAACAAACCACCAGCUCAUAGAUUAGCAUCAGAGGCGUAUCCUGAAAUCACAUUUCUUGGCACUGCAUCUUCCUCUCCUAACAAAUAUCGUAAUAUCAGUUGUAUUCUUAUGCAAUUAGAUCCAGAUAACUACAUAAUGUUGGAUUGUGGAGAAGGUUCUUUAAGUCAACUAUACGCACUACAUGGUGUCGAAAAAGGAAAUAAUAUUUUGCGCAAACUUCGAUUAAUUCUUGUUACUCAUAUGCACGCUGAUCAUCAUGGUGGUGUCUUCACAGUAGCUCUAGUUCGUUCCAGUCUACUUAAAUCAGAUGGUAUUGACCAAUCCAAUUGUUUAUUACCUGUCCUUGCUCCAUCAGGAUUCUAUCAUUGGUUAGUUAAUUUCAAUGAACUUUUCCAUAAUGACCAAAUUGUUGACCCAUUCAUCAUACAAAUUCUUUACGAUGAACAUGAUAAGAAUUCAAAUCCUUCAUGCGCAUUAAACAUGAAACGAAACGAGACGGAAAAUUGGUUAAAAUUAUUAGAGCAGCUUGAUAUUAAUAUCCGACCGGUCAAGGUUCCACACACACGUUCAUCAUGGGCGUUUAUUAUUGAUAAACCUUAUCCAUUCAAAAAUUUAAUAAACGGUAAAAAUAUUGCCGGAAAUUGUUCUGAAACACAGCGAAAAUGGUCUAUUGUGUAUUCUGGUGAUACUCCUCCAUGUCCUGAACUUGUGAAAGCUGGAAAAAAUUGUGAUUUACUCAUACACGAAGCUACUGUAAAUGAUGAAUAUGUAGAUUUAGCACUCAAAGCAAAGCACAGCACAACGGGUCAGGCUAUUCAAGCUGGACGUGAUAUGAAUGCUUCAUUCAUUCUAUUGAAUCAUUUUAGUCAACGAUAUGGACGUGUACCACCAAUAGAUGAAUUUAAGCCAAAUGUGGCCGCAUCUUUUGAUUUUAUGACGGUGAAAUUUUGUGAUUUACCACGAUUACCCUACUAUAUUCCAUAUUAUCAGUAUGCAUUCGCUAAACAUUGGACCAUGGCUCGAACUAGAGCAGAUUCCUAUACAUAUCGUAAACUUCGUGAAGCUGAUGAAUUGUCUGAAAGUGGAGAUGUUUAUUGUGCAAAAACUGAUGAUGAUAUUGACGAUGAUAAUCGUUUAUUGAAUGAACAAAAUGUGAAAGGACAAAUUGGAGAAAAACGAACAUAGCAGCAUAUUAUUUGAUUCCUGGUUGUUUCGUCGAGUUUUUUUUCCUUUCCCUUGCAAUCGCAUCCUUGUAACUAAAUAGAUUGUUUCAGUUUUUCAUUACGUUAAAUUUGUUUUUCGUUUGUUAAGAUUAAAUAUCAUGUAUUCAUCACAUUAUUACACGUAAAAUAAACAAAGUUUUCUAAUC